UUUAUUUAUUUGCAUGUUAUUACUUUUAUUUGAAUAUUUAAGGAAGACGUUUGUCAUAUUUCAUUCGCUGUUCUGUGUUACAAGCUUGGUAUGCAUGUAUACCAGGUUGCUCCAAGGUUUAGCCGUAAGUAUUACAUCAUGCAAAACCCUGCAGUUUGCUGACUUGUCAUGACCCAUGGCCAUAAACACAUACUAACUGAGGAAUGUGCAUGCACAACUGAACGGGAAGGUAAUUGCCCCGUGCUUUAUUUUUUGCCAAGCUACCACAGAACGGCAAAUAAAAUGCAAAGUCCAUUGGAGUUCUAAAAUAAAAUAUCACCUCGUUUCAUACUUUACAGGUUCAUUUUUGCCUCUUGAUAUGUUUUCCUCUUCUGUUUGAAGGAUCUGGAAAGCGUUAUGGAAUCUGCAGAAGAAGAGUUAGUUGAUUUUAAUGUCGGUGGCUGGUAUUUCUCAAUUCCCAGAAGUAAAGUUGCUCAGUUUCCUGAAUCUCUGUUGUGGAAAGAAGUUUCUUUACAAGAUCAGUCUGAAAAUCCAAGAUUAUUUAUUGACCGAGAUGGUUUUGUAUUUAGGCACCUUCAAUAUUACAUGCAGACUUCAAAGUUAUCUCUUUUCAGCUGUGCUGAAUUGAAUUUACUGUAUGAGCAAGCAUUUGUUUUGCAGCUGACACCUUUAUUACAGGUUUUAGAUGGUUUGAAGGAGGAGAAAUAUAGUUUACCUGUCCAGCCUGCAGAUACACCAGUAGCUGAAAAACCAUCUCUGAAUUACUGGAGAACAGAGGAACGUACUGGCAUGCUGUCAGAGAUUCCUGCUAGCAGUCCCGCAUUCACAGGGUUACAUGAAAGAGCUCCCCUAGGGCUAGUGGAUACACCUUUAUUAGAUACAGAAGACAAAGUGCAUUACUGCUUUUUGCCACUAGAUUUGGUGGCAAAAUAUCCUGUACUAGUUAAUGAUGACAAUUUGUUAUGGCUGCUUGAGAAUGCAGCCCUGAUCAAGUGCAAUUGCAGUGAGUUCCGCUUCAUAGUUAAUUUUCUUCGCUCAGAGAAGAUGCUGUUACCUGAUGACUUCUCCAACAUAGAUGCCUUGGAGGAAGAAGUUUUAAUUCUGCGAAUUCCUGAGCUUAUAGAUGCUGUGAAGGCCUACAGAGGUGGCUGCUCCACGCUGUCCCCUGCCACGGCGGGGGACAGGGAUUGGCAGGGGGCAGCAGGGGUGUCCCUGUCACCAUCCCCACUCUAUGCCAUGGCACUGGGGCUGCUGGUUAACUAUCCGGAUUCGAUUCUGGGACAACUCUGCGUGGGCAGCGACCUGGGCAGGAGCCACCUGCACCUCUCUGGCAACGGCAUCCUCUUCCAGCACAUCAGGAACUGGCUGGGAACUUGCCGGCUUCCUCUCACCAAGAAUAUUUCUGAAAUCAAAGAGCUCUGUACUUAUCUGGACCAAAGGGACGCCAUGUACAAGCCAAUGAAAGAUGCUUUAAGAUGCUAUCUGAAACAACAGGCACCAGCAGAGAGCACAGAUUAUAACGCAGGCUGGUCAGCAGAAGUAUCCGUAUGCUCACUGCAUCAGAUCGUGAGAGUUUAUGUAGGGAGUAGCUGGUAUGAAACUUAUUUACGGACUUUAUUGAAGUACCCAGAGCUGCUGUCAAAUGACAAGAAAGUCUGUUGGAUCACAUAUGGUCAAACUCUUCUCAUCCACGGAGAUGGGCAAAUGUUUCGGCAUGUUCUCAACUUUCUAAGACUUGGGAAGUUAUUUUUGCCAGCUGAAUUUAAAGAAUGGCCUCUCUUUUGUCAAGAAGCAGAGGAGUACCAGAUCCCUUCUCUUCUAGAGGCACUUUACCACUCUGAUGCAUACAGAUUAUGGAUCCAAAACAAUGCAUCUCACAAUGAAGAGCAGGAGUUCAGCAAAGACCCAAAAGAAGGGUACUCAUGUACAGCUGAGGAUUUCAGUAAAUGCCAUAUGAAGACAUGGAGUAAGAUAAAAGAUCUGAAGGGAAAGCAAGAUACCAGUGGGAAGAAGGCAAAGCAUUCCAGAAUGUUUUCAGGGGUGAGAGAGACAAAAAGGAGGAAUAGGCUUGGAGAAUACAACGCAUCCUCGGGCAGCCUGGUAAACUCCAGCUAUUACAAACAUUUGGCAAGCCCUCCAAGGGAGAGAGGAAUAAGAAGAAGUUUAACAAAGAAAGUAGAAAGUAAAGCCUCAGCAAGUCACAUCCAGAAAUCACUUUCAUUGGCAAAGGAAUGGGAUGCGGUGAGCUCCAGGAGGUGUGAUUUUCAGCACAUAGGAAGGUCUGCUGGUUGUACCACAGAGCAUGCGUCUCGAUGCAACAGUCCUGGAAAGCACAGAGGCGCCAAGGCUCCUGUCGCCUCUCUCCCUGGGAAAAUCAGCUUUACAAUUCCAGGAAACAAUCCCACUGUCCAAUAUGAAGUCAGGGCCGAAGGUGAGCAGCUGGAGCAAUACGUGUUCACACACAGUUUGCAAGUUAAUCCAAGUGCUGGAAUGUACCAAUUUGGCACUGUAAAAACUCCCCCCGCAGCAGGAAAUGGUGCAGGGAAUGUGGGCAAGGAGCCAGCAGAAGCAAGUGUUUCCAGUGAAGGAAGAGACAACACCUUGCAAGUGACACCCCUCCCUCUAAAAGACAGAACAAGGGACAGCCAGCAAACCAGCGUUGUUCUGGCAGGCCACAGAAAUGUAGGGCUGAUUCUCAGAGUUGACCAUCCUCCGGUCUUAGGCAGCGACGGCUUUUGCAGCAGCGAUGAGGAGAGUGUUGUUUACAGCGCCCUGCCGGGUGGCAGCCGGCUGGCUACUCCCAGUGCCCCAGCGCUGUGCAGAGAUACCGUCUUUCUGACCUUUGCUCUCUCCCAUGAAGAGAUGUUUUACGCCAGGCAGUGCCACUUCUUCCUGACCGAUGUCAUCCUGGACUCAGUAAGGCAGAGGGAUCCCAAAGCAAUCACAGCCAAAAUCGGGAGCCUUGUGAACAGGCUGUGGACACGGCAGAUCACACCUGGGGAGUUUGUUACCGAUUUACUGAACACAGAGAAUUUUAAAAAGGACAGAAACAUUCCCAAAGAGCUCCUUCAGUGGGUGGAAUUUUCCCUGCCAUUUGCGUGGAAGUACAGCCGCUGCCUCAACUCGCUGAUCCAGAGAGGGUUUGCUAGAUCGGUCUCGUAUUUUGUCUUGGAAAUGUAA